AUGAGUGACAUUUUAUCAUUAAAAGAGUCAGCUCUGGUGUAUUUAGACAGAAGUGGUGGACUUCAGAAACUGGAGGAAGACUGCAGACCUUUUAACGACCCCCAGCAGAUGGAGGCGGUCUACAGGUUCUGCAUCAGUGUGAACCCCUCUGAUGUGAUCGAGGUGGAUCCUGAGCUGGGGGACUGUGUUCUGCAGGAUCCACUCACAGCAACUGCACUGUUUCAGUCUGUUUGCUUCCUGGCCAUAAAGACUCUUUCACUUCUCAAUAAGAUCCACACAGAGAGUCAGGUGAAUGUGGUCCUCAAGUUGACCCACCUUCCUCCAUUCCCCGAGUACUCAUUGGACCUUUGUAGUUUUCCUCGGGGGUAUGGGCCCAUGAGGCCGGUCUUCAUGGAGGGCCUGGUCAUCGCCAUAACGAGGGUCACCAAAUACACCCAGGGGGCCCGGUUCCUCUGCAGCGAUGAGGAAUGCCCUUGCUCUGCAGGGUUUCACCACAUCCGAGUCCAUGCUCCCGGAGCCACAGAGUCCGCCACGGUGAGAAACGACUUCAUCUGCAGGAUCUGCAGCUCGGCACUGAAGGAGGAUGUGAAGUUCAGAGUGCUGGGAGAUAAACAGCUGGUGGAGAUGAUCAACGUCAAAACGCUGGAUCUUCUGAGCGCUCAUCAGCAGAGCUCGCUCAGGUACCAGUCUGUCACCCUGUUCCUCAGAGAUGAGCUGUGUAACUCAAUGAGAAUCGGUCGACUCUACAGGGUGUUGGGCAUUCCUGCGCAUGUGCACCAGUGGCCCAACAUCACCUGGAGCGUGGAGGCCAACAGCGUGCAGCCCUGGGAGCCAGAGUAUCCACAUAAAGUCAGUGCGAGCUUCCAGCAGCUGCUAAAGGUCACCUCCUCCUCUCGCUGGAGGUUUUCUGCUGUGCUGGCUCACUGCUUCGGGCUGAACGUGGCUCCUCCGGGCCUCUACAACACCUUAAAGCUGGCUUUGUUGCUCAGCUUGGUGCAGACCAGAGUGGAUGCAAAGGACACAUUUCACAACCUGGAUCUCCUCGCUGUCACCGCUGACACUCUGAUACUGGAAAGACUGAUGACUUACAGCCUGAAGCUGGCGAGUCGCGGGGUGAGACACCAGGCGUCAGGGGAGAUGUUUGCCUCUCUGUCUCGGGACGGACACGGAUCCGGCACCGCCAACAUCCACGCCGGCUCCGCCCUGCUCGCCACUGGUGGAGUUUGCAUGCUGGGAGAUCUGGGCUGCUAUAAGAAGGACAAGCUGGACGCCAUCCAGUCGGUUCUGGAAAGCAGCACGGUGUCGGUGUUCAUCCCGGGGAAAAAGUACGGUGAGGAUGCUGACCAGCAGCUCUCCUUCCCGGUGCUCUGCAGCUUCUGGGCCCUCGCUGACUCAUCAGACGCCUCCAGAUGGACCCUGAGGGCCGACGCUGUGCUGGGAACUGUGGACCUAGGUCCGGUUCCCGCUCAGCUGGCGGACGCCUUCGGUCUGGUGAUGCAGUGUCGGGAUGUGGGGGGGGAGCAGACCCUGCACACCCUGCAGCAGGCAGUGCAUCCUGGGAAGCCCCUCUACCCCUCCUGCUGGGACUUCACUACUCAGGACUACCAGGAGCUGGUGAAUCACGCUCAGGGUUUGAGAGUGGAGCUGAGCCCCGGAGCAGAGAAGAUCCUCCAUGGAUACUACAUGGCCAGCCGGAGAGUCCGCACACAGAGCCAGGGAGUCAAGAUGUCUGUGACCUCCAUCAAACUACUGGUCUCUCUGGCUGAGGCUCACUGUAAGCUCUGUCUCCGAACGCGAGUUCAGGAGGAAGACGCUGUGAUCGCUGUGCUGCUCUGUGAGAACUCAGUUACCCUCAAACAUGGAGCCUCAGCACUCAUUAUCCCCCCCGACUCGGUGUUUCCCUGCAACCUGGGAGAGGUGGACAAUCUGCAGCAGAGAGACGACAUCCUGGAGGACCUGCAGCAGAACAUCCUGCGCUUCAUCUACACCUACGCACCCGGAGCUGGAUCCUACAUCACCGAGGAGUAACACCU